GCGAGAAGGAAGGGCUGAGUUUGCCGCACAUUGGUAAGGCCAGGCGCUGGUGCCAGUGGCACGUAUUUGUCGACAGAUGAUAGAUGGAUGGAUGCCUCAACUGUCUUGUGUCAACUUGUCUUGUGUGACUCUGUCAUCAUGCAGGCUGCGGUCAUAUUGGGUGCUCUUAUUCAUCGCUUGUUUCUGCGAGUGUGCCUGAAGCGACUACGUCCACGUCUGCCUGAAGGAAUCAUCAAGAAUGGCCUCACGAGCACCUGUGGAAUGACGGAGUCUUUCUGUCUGCAUGAUGGUGUGCAGACAAGACGCACUACCGCCUUCUCUCUCACCUACCUGUUGAGCAUCGCGGAUAUCCGUUGAGUAACGUAAUUCAGGUACGGAUGCAUGGCACUGAUGUGAUGAUGGAAAGCGAGAAGAUGGGAAGCCCUUCAUGCACGUGUGCGUUGCCUUUGGUGUGGUACUUGCUGCAGAUCAUAAGGAUGGCCGUCCGUUCGUCAACCGCAGCCGAUCAGCAGCAGCAGCAGCAGCAGCAGCAGGCGGCAGUGAUCGAGGCCAUCAAGAUGCAGAUUCACUUCCGUCCCGGCUCCAAUGAGGAGGUCAAGAAGCUCACCCGUCGGCUCGUCGGCAGAAUCAUGAAUCGCAGCAUUACUCCUGACGGUGUGCGGCGCCUUGUUCGCCGCGUCGCUGAUCCCACCGUGACCAUCGAGCUGUCUUCCGUAUCGGGGGUGGCGCUCGUGUGUCUGCUCGCGUUGGCCAUCGACGACUUCAGCUCCCCCACUGCGCUGGAGUCGGCGCUCCAGCUAUGGCCUUCCUUCAUGCCCCCGGGUCGGCUGGUGCUCCCAUUGUGGCCAAGCCGUCAGAUCCAGGCGGGCAUCAUCAACGCGCUGGUCGACGAGGGCGCAGAUGUCGAUGGGCUGGUGGGGGGGAGCAAGCGCCCCGUGGAGGUGGCGGUGCGGGCGGGCAACGCGAUGGGAGUGAGGACCCUCGUGGGCACACAUGGGGCGGAGGUGUACGGCAUGGGGCUGCUGCAUGUGCCGUACGAGAUCCGGGUGGCGACCGAGCAGUACGAGGAUGCCCUGAUCGACAUCUUCGGCUACCUCCUGGAGCAAGACCCCGACUUGGCGACGGAGACCGAUGUGACGGGCAACGAUGUCGUGCACUCGGCAGCCGGGGCGGGUCAUGUCUACUCCCGGGGCUUCAUCGAGGCCUACCUGGACCUGGUGACGGCCAACGGGGCGACCCUGACCCACGUGGGGCAUGCUGGGAGGACGGCACUGCACACCGCUUGUGUGUUCUCAGCACACCAUGUGGUCGAGUACCUGUGCGACAACCUCACACCCGCCGACAUCAACGCCACGGACAACGGCAUAGUGCUGCCGCCGCAGACCCCUCUUGUCUGUGCUGCCGGGAGCGUCGCCCGGCUUGCCGAUCCACAUAGGCCCAUCUUGGUGUACGAGAACCGUGACAAGGCGAUAGAGGGCAUGAAGGGGGCGGUCCGCACCUUGCUGCGGUCGGGGGCAGCGAUCGGUGUGAUGCCCACCGCGGCGCGUCGUGUGGCGUUGGAUCAGUACGUCAAGGUGCUGAAUGCGCUGCCCACGGCCGUCAUGGGAGCCAUCAACGCCGCCCUGACCCCCCAGCGCUCCCUCGCCGCUGUCAUCACGCCCCGGCUGGCCGUCGGCCCGAACGAGGCGCCCAUCUUCGGCUGGUGCAUCGCAUCUUACCUGUUCGACAUGGAUGCCGCCAAGGCGGGCAUCAGUGAGGCCAUCGGUGUGCGGGGCAGCGACCUGGCCCGCCGUGUGUGUGCGGCUGCGCAACAUUUCGUCGAGUCGGCUGUGUACAAGGCCAGCAGCAACAUGGAGGUGGUGCGCCACAAGGAGAGUGUGGAGGGCGAGAUGGUGCGGGUGCCCCUGCAGUGCUUCGCCAUGAGGGCCGGGUCGAGGGUGCGUCGGCUGGGGGUGCGUGAGGUGGUGCACAAGGCGCGGCUGCACGAGGUGGCGGCACACGGGCUGCAGGGCGUGGUCAAAGGGUUCAACACCCACCUGGGCAACACCGACUGCGUGUUCCAGUGGGGACAGCUGGGAUGGGCGGAUGCCAGCGGCCGCCACUAACGGACUCACUGUCUCAUCGCUGUGUAAAUAAUGAGAGAGGGGGGAGUGGGACGGGCAGAGGGGAGGGAGGGAGGGAGGGAUGCAUCGCACGUGAACGUUCGUGUGUACACUUGUGGCAUGCCUGCGGGGUGGGCAGUUUUGGGGUUCACACACACAAGUGGAGGCGUCUGCCCAUGUACAGUCAUCACAAUGUCAUGCAGCCUCCUCCUGUCUUGCCUGUGGAGUGCCAUCCAUCCACAGCCGUUGUGGGGAAAGAUGGUCGUGGACGGAUGGACAGAUGGCAUGGACGGACACGACACACAAGGCAAGAAGAGAGAUAAGGAAUGGACCGCAGGCAGGCAGCUGUGCUGCUGGAACACUCUCAUGCCUCUGUCCUGGCUGCAAGCCUGCAAAGCGUGGCUGGAGAGAGAGGCUCACGAUCGCAUUUGUGCGUUUGCAUGUGUGCAUCUGAUGCGUGUACCUGUAUACAUCCUUGACACUCUGCUGUGUGUGUGUUGUCUUCAAUGGGGCUGUGAGACACGAUGAAGUGAUGCUAAGCCACUCAAUUCA